AGUUUCACGCUGAAUAAAACUAUACUUCUAUACUAGUAAAUACAGAUAUUUUGUACUUGUUUUUCACUGCGUAAUAAGGUAGGUGCAGUGGCUGUGUCACCAGCCUAUGUGUUAUGUGUACUAACCAUAAGCUACAGCAGCUGGCAAGUCUACGAUUGUAAUUCAUCGUCAGACUCUCAAAGCAGGCAGAUAGAUGUUGGUCUGUUUCUCUCGGUGUUGUUGGCAUUCGCGAGUGUAUGAUUAUGAUAUUUUGUACCUAACUACAUAAUUUCAAGAGUUGUAAACGGCAACCUGGACAUUGGGCUGCAAAGCUGUCACAUUUUACCAUAAAUCGUCACUUUUCACCGUAUUCGUUGAUAAAAGGACUAGAAAAUGUUGAUGUUCCAUCGCGCACUAAAGCCAGCCUCGACGACAAAGCUUAACCGUGCUGUUUUAUGUCUGUCAUUCUGUUCACAGUCAGCUGGAAAACAGCUGAUCGCAGAAACUCAUUAUCGCCAGGUUCGUCAUCGAAAUGCAGAUGUGAAAGCGAAUGUUCGCAAUGCAGAAAUUGCAAAGAGUGAUGCAACGACCAGCGAAGAAGACGUAUACCUUAAAACUUACCUGAAAUCUCUAUCCAGACGAGAGGAAUACUGGAAAGACCUGGCGUCUGCACUGGUGUGGGAUGAGAAGAAGGACAAAGUUUUAGAUGACACAGAUUCUCCGUUUACUAAAUGGUUUUCCGGAUGGAAAAUAAUGUGCUAUAAUGCAUUGGAUCGGCACUGUGAUGAGGGUCGAGGAGGCGAGAUCAUUCUGCAUCACGAAAGUCCGGUAACAAAUUCAAGAUGUUCCCUGACGUACGACGAAAUUUUAAGAGAGGUAAAAGCUUUCGCAGCCCAUUUGUCGAAUCUCGGAGUCAAAAAGGGCGAUCGCGUCAUAAUUUACAUGCCGAUGAUUCCACAAGCCGUGACGGCGAUGUUAGCAUGUGCUAGAAUCGGUGCAAUUCAUUCCGUGGUUUUUGGAGGUUUUGCCGCCAAAGAAUUGGCCACCAGAAUUUCUCAUGCUAAGGCAGUAGCAGUGAUCUGCGGGUCCCAUGGCAUUGAAAGAGGCCGUGAAGUGGACUACAAGAAGAUUGUUGACGAUGCCAUUGAUACAGCAACUAACAAGCCAAAGCACGUUGUCGUGUUCCAGCGUCCGGAAAUGUCUCGCAGUUCGUGGACCAGUGGUCGUGAUUCCGAUUGGCAUGAAGCAGUUGCGGCGGGGAAGAGUGUUGACUGCGUGCCGAUCGACGCCAUGGAUCCGCUGUACAUUCUCUACACAAGCGGCACAACUGGAACACCUAAGGCCGUGGUACGUCCAGCAGGAGGCUACGCGGUAGCACUACAUUGGUCCAUGUAUAAUGUCUACGGAAUGAAACCGGGAGAGAUUUGGUGGUCGGCGAGUGAUUUUGGCUGGGUGGUGGGCCAUUCAUACAUCUGUUACGCUCCGCUGCUGCACGGUAACCCGUCCGUUAUCUACGAAGGAAAGGUCACCGAUACACCGGAUGGUAGUAGCUAUUUUAGGCUAAUUGAGCGCUAUAAAGUUAAGGGAAUGUUCACCACUCCCACCGCUAUGCGAGCGCUUCGACAAGUGGAUCCCGAGGGAAAAUUUGGCCGGAAGCAUGACAUCAAAAGUUUGAAGUUACUCUACAUUGCGGGAGAGCACUGUGAUGAAGGAACCAAGGCUUGGACGAAAGAAACGUUCAACGCUGCAGUUUUGGAUAACUGGUGGCAAACUGAGACUGGAUGGCCGAUAACAUCGACGUGCAGUGGGUUGGGUUCGAAUCUCGAUCCUCCACCGCAUUCAUCCGGCCAUGCUGUACCGGGCUACGAUGUUAGAAUUUUGGACUCUGAAACCGGAAAAGAAGCGAAGGUUGGCCAGACUGGUCGGAUUGCAGUCAAAUUACCGUUACCACCGGGAGCGUUUUCCAGUUUAUGGGAGAAUGACGAGGGAUUCAAGAAAACGUAUUUUGAACGUUACCCGGGCUAUUACGAUACAAUGGAUGCGGGAAGUGUCGACGAAGAUGGAUACGUGACGGUCGCAUCCAGAAUGGAUGAUAUCAUCAACGUUUCGGGAGUGAGAAUUUCGACAUCUGCAAUCGAAGAAGCAAUUCUGCGACAUCCGGACGUUACCGACUGUGCCGUAAUUGGAGUGAAGGAUAAACUGAAGGGUCAAGUUCCCGUUGGUUUACUUGUGGUCAAAUCUGCAUGCGAUAAAAAAGGCAGUGAUAUUGUUAAAGAGAUAAUCAAAUCCGUGCGCGAUGACAUCGGACCGAUAGCCUCCUUUAAGAGCGCUUGUGUUGUUCCGAAAUUACCGAAAACAAAAUCGGGAAAAAUUGCUCGGCCCAGCCUCAUCUGCUUAGCUGAAGAUCGCCCCGUGAAGGUACCGGUAACAAUUGAAGAUCCUGAUGUUUACGAGCCCAUCCAGAAGGCAAUGCGAGAAAUUGGAUAUGCGGAAAAGGAGUUGGAGAAAUGUUAGGAAUUUCCGAGAAAUAUUCCAAAUUAAUUUUUGCCGCGCCCAGUAUUGUCACUUGCAUUCUCAUAUUGCUGGAAUCUGUCUUAAAGUACCUUUUUAAUUUACCGUCCCGUCUUACCGUUCCGUACGCGUUAUUUUAUAGUGUUUUAUUUUAGCCCGAAAAUUGUUUUUCAAAGAUUUAUUUUAAGAUUUUAACGGAAGCUUUUUUACGCAUUGGUAAUUUGAAUAUGUCCUUUCAUUUUUAUUAUUUAAAAAAAAUUUAAUAA